GGCGCGAGAGCGGGACGGAGCGCGUGAAGCGGAACUGGAAAGCGCACACCCCCGCCAGGACCAUGAGCGAUGAGCCGCCUCUGCUGACCAGCCUCACGGAGAACGCCACCGAUGUGCCGGUGGCGUCGGGAAGGCAGGAGAACUAUGUGCUGCUGCUGGUGAUGCUGUGUGUGUUUGCUGGAGGAACGCUGGUCCUGCUCUCCGUUCUGCUCAUCUUUUGCCAUCGCUGCUGUCAGAGUGGACGCCGCUAUUCCAGGGCCAGCGAUGACCUGGAGAAAACCAACACCACAUAUGUGGAAGAGAGCCAACCUACACAAGAUAUCACCAUCAGGCUGGAGAGCACAGACACACUGUCCACCUCCAGCUGCCACGGCGACGUGGACACGGAACGCUUCCAGUCCUCUGCGUACACAGGCCGGCGCGUCUCCUUCAAUGAGACAGCCAUCUACGAGCAGAGCAAGAAGAGCCAGGAGAAAGGACGAAGGUACACUCUUACGGAGGGCGACUUCCACCACCUGAAGAAGGCUCGUCUGACCCACCUGCACAUCGCCCCUCCAGCUAUGAACAUCCUGACCAUUAUGGAGUGUGACUCACCUGAGAACAGCAUCACCCUGAGAGAACAGACGCAGCACAAACCAUCCCUGUCUAUAUUUCAGCCCAGUGAGAGCGGCCUGCCUGAUUCACCAGUGUCCUGGAGCAGCCAGAGCCCCAGCUGUGCCCUCCCUGGAGACACAUUCAACUCCAUAUUGGACAGCAGCUUCACUCCCAGCAGUGCUGAGCACAGCUCCGAACCACCUCGAUCCAGGACUAUGGAGGUGAUAGGAGGAGCUGGUAUGAGGAUAGAAGGUGACCCUGGUUCCUCGCCAGCAAUAGGAGUAGGUGGAGCAGCUGGAGGAGGAGGUGGAGGCUCACUCUCAGGACAGGGCACCAUGCUUCACUUCCUGUCCCGGCUCAGACGCCAUGCCAGCCUGGAGGGAGCCAGCCCCUAUUUCACCAUCAAAAAAUGGAAGUUCGACAGCAGCCACAGAGCAGCCAGUCUGGAUAUGAGAGGUUCUCCACGAAGGCGGACGUUUCAGAGGCAGAGAGCAGCGAGUGAAACUCUGGAUCAGGGGGAGGAGGACUCCCAGCAACCUGGAGCAAGUGGGGGCAGUGACUUCCUGUUGUGUGCUCUUCCCUCUCAGUCACAGUCUGACCCCCCUAGGCGACUGUCUGCUGGCUCCUUGGAGCCGUCCACUGCAGGCUGUCCGCCUCCACCACCAGUCCCCCUCAGCAGGUUAGAGGUUAAAGCUGUUUUGGAGGUGAGUCAAGGUGCCGAGGAAAGUAGGACUCAAACCCCAAACAAAUUCACAGAAUCCGUUGGGCUUCAUGGGGAAGAAGAGGAUGGGGAUGGAGAGCUCAUAUUAGGAGCAACAGGAGGAGAGGGCACUAGUACUGAAGGACAUGCCGAGUUUGGCUUGGGGAGCAGGCAGGAGAGCCUGGAGCAGCCCAACCUGUACCGGGAUAUCUGGAGCCUACGUGCAUCUCUAGAACAAUAUGCCUCCUCUGACUUGAGCAGCAAUGACAGAGACUCCACACGCAGUGAUGCCGACAGUGUCUGUUCACUAGGGGGAGCUGGGGCUUCCAGAACUGGUGUGCCCACUUACCAAUCUCAGGAUAUCGAUGACGAGAUUGACGGGGAUAGCGAGCUGCCAUAUGAUGACAUUGGGAGGGAAGUGGGUGGAAGGAGGAAUGGCAGGGACAGUGUAGAUUCUGAGAGAGGUAGCGACAGCGAGGCAGGGAGCCGGAAGCUUCUGCAGAUGGACAGCGGCUAUGCCUCCAUCGAGGCUCCAUGCAAAGCACCGGAAGAGCUGCGACUGUUUGGAAGUGCAUCUGGCAAGACGGCAUCAGAGCGGCGGCGCUUCUUCACUAACGCUGGCCGGAAGGGAACUGUGUGUGAGAGCUUUGAGACCCGGCUGUUCAAAGAGGAGCUGGAAGAUGAGGCUUCAGAAAGCAGCGUUAGUAUAGAGUCAGAUGGUCUUGUUACCGAACCCCAGAGCAGACCCAGUGUUUCGCCCAGAGACACACCUGAACAGUCACAAACCAAGCCCAGGCCACGUUUCCGUCGCCGAGACUACAGCAUUGACGAAAAGACGGAGGCACUGUUUAACGAAUUCCUACGUCACGAUCCUCAGUUCGACCAGCAGGGGUCACCUUCGCUCCGGCAUCGGCACCGCUCAAGGAUCCACUUGCGCAAGCAGUGGCAGCGUGCCAAGCAGUACAGCGACCCAGGAGGAGCACGCUAUUCGCCGUCCCUGGAGAGACAGCGUAGCUAUGCCCUGCGGAGGGGCGACAGUGCCAACUACCCACUGGAUACGCGGUACCACAGCACUCUGCCACGUAUCGCUAGUGCUGCAGAUGAGGAGGCUAGCGAAGGAGGGACCAGCGAGGGAGCGGCCAGCGAAGGUACUGGCAGUACCACCGAAUCACCCAAGGCCCAUGGCGGUGGCCCAGCACCUGAAGACAAUGCCAACAACAGCAGUAACAACAGUAGUCCUUUAAUAAAGUCAGCAACAGAGGGUCGUCCAACUUUGUUCUUUUCCAGCCCCUCGCAGGACAGCUCUGUGGAAGAUUCUGGGAUACUAGAGGACCGCGGGAGUGCUAGGCAUCCUGCGGAGACACACAGAUGGUCACAGAUGGCAGUCACAGACACCAGUCCAUCAAAAACGAGUAACGGGAAACAACAUACACAUACGGACACAGUCAUCCGCAUUCAGAAAAACGUACAUCACAUGGACCAGGACCCUAUGGACAAAGGCUACAUGCACAGUGUAGUGGACAGCCCGUCAGAUAAACUGGUGAGCAACCUGGAUGAGCGGCUGUACACCAGCCUAAGGAGGACUCAGGCCAGCCAGGAGUGCAUGGUGGCUGUGACCCGCACCUCCCCAGACCUCCAGGACUAACAGCAUGAACAACAGCGGCACUCCGACCGAGAAGGGACAGGAAUAGAUGGUCUACAUCAGCAGGACAUCUCAGAGUAUGGGAGAGAUAAAUUCCACAAGCUUGUACGCUUGACGUGUAAAGGCAAGCUUAUUUGACUCUACCAUAAUCUCAGCCGUCCUCAGAUAAAUAAUGCAUGUGUGUUGUAUUGAUGGCCGCUCUGGUCCCUUAUGCAGGGGUCAUUGUGUGUGCAGCAACCUCAAACUGGCGAAAGGUCAGAAAACGUAGUAAAAAAGUACAGUAUCUACAGACAACCACGUUGGAAAGGUGACAAAAUAAUUGUUUUCUUGAAGAGGUCAAUGGUAUCACUUCUUGCAAAUUGCACUGUGAAACAAGGUAAAGUAGGGUGCUUUGGGAAACAUAUGACUACGGGGCAAUUCAACGAGUAAUUCUGCAGUGAGAAAUAAUCACAGAAAUCAUGCUGCGCCUUCAGUUAUUGCUAUGAAUGGUAAGGAAUCAGGACAGAACCUUGGUUCCCUCUCAAAAUAAAAAGUGGGGUAUAAGUGAUACUUCUCCCAAAAGAAGUAGUCUCUCAGUAAAUUAAUUAUGAUUUAAUGAGUCUCCAGAUCCACUCUAUGCUAUUUUGGGAACUCUACUCCA